AUGAGUUCAAUCAAUUCAAACAAUGUGAGGCCACAGUUGCCUUUGCGGCAAAUAGACUUAGACCAGAUUUGGGGCGAUCUGCGGGAAGGCAUCGAGCAAGUGUACAAGAGACAGUAUAUGGUGAAAAACAGAUAUAUCUACUUGUAUACGCAUGUAUAUAACUAUUGUACGUCAGUGCAUCAGCAGAGUACCAGCAGCUCUUCAAGCGCCAGGAGUAGCAAUAGUAAUGGCGGACGCAACAAUUUUGGCGGCAAGAAGCAGGGCGGACAAGUCCAAGGUGGCGCUCAAUUCGUCGGAUUGGAGCUUUACAAGAGGUUGCGAGAGUUCCUGAGAGUCUAUCUUAUUAACUUAUUGAAGAAUGGAGCUGAUCUCAUGGGUGAAGAUGUGCUAGCAUUCUACACUAAGCAGUGGGAAGAGUACCAGUUCUCCUCUCGAGUCCUCAACGGCGUGUGUUCCUAUCUAAACAGGCAUUGGGUGAAGCGCGAGUGCGAGGAGGGGCGAAAGGGCAUUUACGAGAUCUAUCAGCUGGCGUUGGUGACGUGGCGUGACAACCUGUUCAAGUGCUUAAACAAACAAGUCACCAAUGCCGUACUAAAGCUCAUUGAGAGGGAACGCAACGGGGAGACAAUUAACACAAGGCUUGUUUCUGGAGUAAUCAAUUGUUACGUAGCACUAGGCCUAAAUGAAGAGGACCCAAGCGCACGGGGUCAGAAUUUGGCAGUAUACAAAGACACCUUCGAGGCUGUGUUCCUCGAGGAUACAGAACGUUUUUACACUCGGGAGAGCACAGAUUUCCUGAGAAAUAGCCCCGUUACUGAGUAUAUGAUCAAGGCGGAGCAGCGAUUGCAAGAAGAGCAACGACGAGUACAAGUGUACCUUCACGAGACUACUGCGGAGCGGCUCGCGAAGACAUGCGAUCGAGUGCUCAUCGAGAAGCACCUGGAAAUAUUCCAUGCUGAAUUCCAGAAACUGCUGGACGCGGAGAAGAACGCGGACCUGGGGCGCAUGUACAGCCUGGUGGCGCGCAUCCCGGACGGGCUGUGCGAGCUGCGGCGCCUGCUGGAGCAGCACAUCCACGUGCAGGGCCUGCAGGCCAUCGACAAGUGCGGCGAGAGCGCCCACACGGAUCCGAAAGUAUACGUGUCGACGAUCCUUGAAGUGCACAAGAAGUAUAACGCGUUGGUGCUGGUUGCAUUUAACAACGACUCUGGCUUCGUGGCAGCUCUCGACAAAGCCUGCGGCAGGUUUAUCAACAGCAAUGCUGUGACAAAGGCAGCAAAUUCAUCUUCGAAGAGUCCAGAACUGCUUGCAAAAUAUUGUGAUUUGUUGCUGAAGAAGUCUAGCAAGAAUCCGGAAGACGCCGAAUUAGAAGACACUCUUAACCAAGUGAUGGUGGUAUUCAAAUAUAUUGAGGACAAGGAUGUGUUCCAGAAAUUCUACAGUAAAAUGUUAGCUAAAAGACUUGUACAGCAUAUGUCUGCUAGUGAUGAUGCAGAGGCAUCAAUGAUCUCAAAACUGAAACAGGCUUGCGGUUUCGAAUACACAAGCAAAUUGCAAAGGAUGUUCCAAGACAUUGGUGUAUCAAAGGAUUUAAAUGAGAACUUCCGGAAGCACAUGGCCAACACAUCAGAGCAGCCAUUACACAUCGACUUCAGCAUUCAAGUGCUGUCAUCUGGCUCAUGGCCAUUCCAGCAGUCUUCUUCCUUCCAGUUGCCCACCGAGUUGGAGCGUUCAGUACAUCGGUUUACGACGUUCUACUCGUCGCAACAUUCCGGCCGAAAGCUCAACUGGCUCUACAAUAUGAGCAAGGGCGAGCUUGUCACCAACUGCUUCAAGAACAGAUACACGCUGCAAGCUAGCACAUUCCAAAUGGCAGUGCUGUUGCAAUACAACGAGAACACUUCGUGGACUGUGCGUCAACUAGAGCAGCACACCGGCAUCAAAGGAGAUUUUCUUAUUCAGGUUCUACAAAUCCUGUUGAAGGCGAAGCUAUUGGUCUGUCAAGAUGAUGAAAGUGAUCUAACGGAAUCUUCCGUCGUCGAUUUAUACCUAGGCUAUAAAAACAAAAAGCUUCGCGUUAAUAUCAAUAUACCGCUUAAGACGGAGUUGAAGGUAGAGCAGGAGGCCACACAUAAGCACAUUGAGGAAGACAGGAAGAUGCUUAUACAGGCAGCCAUCGUGAGGAUAAUGAAGACACGCAAAACACUGAAACACCAACAUUUAGUAGUGGAAGUUCUCAACCAGCUGUCCUCACGGUUCAAGCCACGCGUGCCCGUCAUCAAGAAAUGCAUUGACAUCCUGAUCGAGAAGGAAUAUCUAGAGCGCACCGAAGGGGAGAAAGACACGUACAGUUACUUAGCGUGA